GCCAGAUGACUGCCUGCAAAUCUCUACAAAGCCCCUGUAGCGCUUGCAGCCCCUGUCAAGCCCGCAGCAUCCCAGCGCUCGAAAUAGCUGCCCUGAGCCGUCAAAUUGCUUGCACGGGCAGCCCACGGCCAAUCAUGGCGGCGCAAGUGGCGCCUGAUGGUCAGGUGCCUGAGGCUGUGGUGCGACGCGUGAACGGUGAACACAAGCACACCAAUGCACAUGCAAGGGACAUCAAAUCCCGCGGCGACGACACGUCCAUCGAUGAACCCUGGGAGGUAGAUCCAAAGCUAGCGUUCAACGACUCGUACGUUAUGUUCACGACGAAGAUGUAUCUCUACCCGAAGCUCGCGCUGCUCUGGCUGCCGACGUUCCUGCUGACACUACCGUACGCGUCGCUUGCACAUACGUACGGCUCAUGUUUACCCGUGCCGACGGACCACGUCCGCCGCGGCGCGGGGUUCCAUGCUAGCCUGCUCGUCGCCCGCCUUCUACUUAUUCCCACCUUCGUCCUGGGCCUCGUGAGCCUCGUCCUCGACUACGUGUUCUACUACCUCUUCGGCGGGCUCUUCUUCCUGCUCUUCGUCCGGGACUUGAAGCAGUACCGCGCCUCUCAAAAGGUUAUCGCGCCGUACCGAGGCGGCACGAUCCUAGUCGAGGACAUCUUCGUCGCGUCGAUCGGGCAAUGCCUCCGCAAUGGGACAAUGGAGCAUGCCUUAUCCUUUACCACAAUGCUGACGGUGAUGCCCUGGGUCAAAUAUUACAUCAACGCGAAUCCGCUGAUCUAUCCGCUCAAGGAGCGCUUCGUGCAGCAAAUUUCGACCUCGUGGCACGACCUCGGCCCCGACGUUGCCCACGAGAAAGUGCGCGAGAUCAUCUCGCGGAGCCGGCAGGAGGGGCGCCUGGCCAAGCGGAUGGACAUGUGGCGGUUCUGUCCGCACUACCCGUAUCCUCCGCCGGGCCGGCGCUGGGCGAACGGCCUGCAAGCCGGAAAUAUUUUCACGCUCCUGACGCACGUGACCCACGGCGUCGCGGAGGCGCGGGGCGUCACCGAGAAGGAUCAGUUCGUCCUGUCGAACUGCACCGAACGACCGGUCUGGAGGGUCAUGCUCUGGUACUCGAAUCCGUACCAUUUUCUUAGCGGGUGGGUGGAGGCCUCGAUCACGAACGGAGAACCGUCCCAGAAGGACAAGGUGUUUGGCGGGGAACACCCCAUGUGGCUCGUCACGGCUCCGAGCCCGUUGCUCAGCAACCGAGACAGUCUCACGGGCCCGGGCGUCAUCGACGCCUUUUUCGACUCGUGGCUGCCAGUCAUUGCCAACGAAGUCCGCCGCCUCGCGAGGGGCGCGGAAUACGCGGCGUCGAUGCACCAGGAGGUAGUCUCGAAGGACGGACUGUCGCGGCCCGCGGCAAGCGUUGGCAUGGAUAAGCUCAGCGAAGACGCCGAAAAGAUUGACGCGCAUCGCGAGCUGCGGGCGGCGGCGAAGAAAUCCAAAACGGCACGCAUCCUGAAGAAAGCUGGCCGUCAUCGCGUUCUCCGCCGAUCAGACCUCCUGCCG